UUAUUUAUUUAAAAUUUGGUUUUGUGUUUGUGAUUUUUGUUUCUUUUUCAGGUGUUAUGGAGACGAGUUUUGAUAUUGGGCGGCUGUUGAAGAAGCAUGAAAAGAAGCAUAAGAGCAAGCCCUCGCAGUUCGGCAGUGUAGCAGGCGGGGUCAAAAAGAGGCUAGAAACUAACUUGAAGCACAGAAAGAGCAGCCGCCUUUCUGUCUUUGACAAUUUAAGGAACUUGGCAAAAUGUGAGAGCCCCGUACCUGUACCUAAGGUGCAAUCAAAAGUAGAGCAGAGGAGACAACAAUUGGAAAAAUGGAAGGCAGAGAAAGACAAACAGAAGAAGGAAGCCGCUCUACAAAAGAAGAAGCCAUUUGUAGCGGGUGUACCACAUAACCCUCUGAAGUUUGUCCCCCCACCCCCACCACCAAAGCCCAGUACUUCUGGAAGAGUCACCAGAUCCCAGUCUGCUAAGACAAAUGCCAAAAUAUCUGAGGCUAAGGAACCCAAGUCUUCCAAAUCUGCAUCACAAUCCUUUGCACCCCACAAUGCAUCCUUCAGACCACCAGAGUUCAAAACUUUGACUAAGCUUCCAAAAUUGGCCCCUCCAAAAACUAGAAAGGAUAAGAAACAGAAUAUAACAUUUGACCCUGUGUUACCAGACUCUCGUAGCGAUGUUAAGCAGACUAGGGCUAAGAAAGACAAACAGACAGUGCUUGAAACCAAAAAUAUAAUAAAGCAAAAUGAAAGAACAACCAGAACUAAAGCAACCAAACAGAAUCUAGUACAAAAAAACUCCUUAAAAAGCAGUUCUUCUAGUGAAAUGGAGCCUAUUACUGAAGUUUCACCUAUUUUGGUUAGUAAGGCCUCCAGGAAAUCAUUACCAGCUCCUAGUUCACCUGUUGUUACUACCAAGACUCCUAGGAAGUCCAUUCAAAGAACUCCAUACAAACCUGUGCCAAAGAGUGAGUCCAGUUCUGAAGAACGGCUGCGGUCUCCAAAGUCACCAGCCUCCAUAGAAGAUGGUAACAUGACUCCACAGCAAAUAGCAGAAGAGGCGCAGAAGAUAAGCCCAUGUGUUACCAUGUCGCGAGGCAAGGAUAAUGCUAGAAAAGAAAUGAAGAAGAAACUUGAUGAAGGUUUGCUAGACGAGGAUGCUAGCAACAUCGAGAGUGUGGACCACUUCAGGCGUCAAUUGGCAUCAGAGAUCAAGCGCAUGACAGAGAUGUGUGAAACUUGGGACAAGAUAUCUGAAGCUACUGUCUUGCCAGAAUCUGUACAGGAGGCAGUGCUGUCGGCGGUGGGGCAGGCGCGGCUGCUGAUGUCGCAGAAGCUGGCGCAGUUCGCGGCGCUGGUGGAGCGCUGCGCCCGCCCCGAGCCCGGCGCCGCGCUCGUCACGCCCGCCGACCUGCACGGCUUCUGGGACAUGGUGUUCAUGCAGGUUGAAAACGUAGACAUGAGGUUUAAGAAGUUGGAAGAAUUGCGCUUAUGCGGAUGGGUGGAGGAUAAGCCAGUGGAGAUUAAGAAGAAGGUGGUGAAAGCCAAUGUGAAGAAGGCCGCGAAGGCACCGGGUGGACCCAGUCGGCUCAGGGAGAUGAUUGCAGCUGCGAGAAAAGCCAAGAAGGAGCAAGCUGAGCAACCUGCGAUCGUGGAGCCAGUCCCGGUGGCGGAGGCGGGCAGCAAGACGUUCGAGGCGGGCUUCUUCAGCGUGCGCUCUCCCGUGCGCUCCCCGCGCCCCGCCGCCCCCGCCCCCGCCGCCGGCCCCGGCCCCGGCCCCGGCCCCGCCGCCCCCGCCGGGCCCUCCCCGCGCACGCCGGCCCGCAGCACGCUGCUCAAGGCCGUGCUGUCCAGUGAAGCUAAGAAAGCUUCCGCUUCCAAGAAUUCAGCAUCUUUCGCGAUGUUGCGUGCAUCAGUGCUCGGUAAAAAUGUCGACUAUGAAGGCAUUGAUCUUCUACCACAAACACCUGUUCCCAUGACACCAAUCAACCUAUACGCCACUCCGGGUCGUAGCAUAUUGAAAGCCACAAACACAGACAAGAAGUCAUCCCGCAAAUCUAUAAAGAUGGUAUUAUUUAACCGAUCGGACGCGGACGUGCAGGACGUGUCGUACCACACGCCUGAGAACACCAACGAUACUGCCGCACAAGAAGCUAACACCGACAGCGGCAUAUCUUCCAUGAGCGUAGAGAAACUCGACGACAAGGAAAACUCUAGAAGGAAGUCAAAGUUAAUAAGACAAGACGCUGAAGACAGGAGCCCAGUGGUCACCCGCAGUAGACGCAAGAGUAUCAACACCAGUCACGAUGAACAAAACCAUGUCGCCACUCCUCGCCGUUCCUCAAGGAAGAAGGUUCUCCACGAGUCUGAGGACAACGUAGUGGAGGAGAAGACCAAACGCUCGACUAGAAGACGGAAGAGCGCUAUCGAAGCCCAGGACUGAUGUUUGCAUGACCAAAAAGACUUGUUUUAUUUAUUUUGACUCUUCUUUAGUGACUAUUCACAAAUGUCAUGUUUCGGGAAAUGCUAAACGCGUGAGUAACGUAAAUAUUAAUAUACUCUGUGAAAGGAAUUAUUGUUCCUUAUAUCUUUGUGGGUGACAAUAAUUUAGGUGGCAACCUUCUUCAGACACAUACAUUAUACAAUUUGUAAGGUAUGUCUUACUCUCUGGAAAUUAAGAUUUUGUGUGGGGUGGACUUAUUAUUAAGUAUUACUAGGGCUUACCCACAGGCAUUUUUUAUGUUGUACCCAAUGAGAUUCCUCGAGGUGUGGGUGUCGCGAGUCGAACUAGUUGACUGGCAAGAAAAACGCGUAAGUAAAUCUUAACAAUACUUAGUUAAUAUGAAGCUUGGUUUAUGAUGGCACUAUCAGUGUUAAUUAUUUCCUUUCUUGCACAUUAUAUUGUUUAAUUUUUUGAAAACGAAAUGACCAUGAACUAAGAAACUGUUUUGUAAAAGUGGUGUGCAUUUUUAAUUCGUGUGUUAAUCUCAUUCUUACGUUCUUAUAUUUUCCCUUUGUAAAAUAUUCUAAAUGGUGGUUAUGAUCUUUUAUAAAACACUUUUUCAGGACUUCCAAGAACCCAAUAAACUGUGUUGGUAUUUUAGAUUAUUUUUAUAAAGAACUAGUUAGUAAAUCACUGUCGAGUGAAUACCAAAGCAUUUUCUGCCAUAUUACAUUGCUCAUUGUAUUCAUAGAUAACUUAGGGGAAUAACAAUCAUGUUUAAGAAAUGGCUGACACGAUUUUUAGAUAAAUUUUUGUGGCAAUCUAGAUCAUGCACUGAUUGUGAAAUAAGGCACAACAAGUUUUUAAACGAAAUAUUAAUAUUUUUAAGUGUUGGAAUUUGAAUUAUGGAAUUAGUUUGACGUUAAAUUUAAGUAACCAUGUUUCGCCUAUUUGCUAAAAUUAUUUCGUUUUAAUUGGUAUGACUAAUAUUCAAGUAAGUAGUAUUUUAACAUGUUUCUAGAUUGUAAAUAAGUAUCGAUAUUAAAUUGCUUGUGUGUAAUUUUUGUUACUUUUUUUGUGAGAUGGCCCCUGGGAACGUGACUUUAUAAUGUGGCAAGUGCAACAUGGUCUUUUAAGCAUACAUAUGUAUUUUUAAAUUCUGACAUUAAGAUAGAUUUCGUAUGUUGUCGACAUUCCAACCAUUUUCCAGUUACAAGGUUCUUGCCUAACCCGUGCCUUGAAUUUCGUUACCCUGGGGGCUGUCUAAUUCCUAUUUAAGUUACGAUAUUGUCUGUGUCUGUUUCUAGUAAUAUUAUGUCGUGAUUAUUGUACAAUAAUAGUAAUUAUAAUUAUACAAAAGUUUUUAAUAAUA